AUGCCCUCAAGGCUCACAUCACAACUACCAUCAAGGAAGAUUAAGUAUGACCCACAAGCCUGGUCACACAUACAAGGACUCACUCUGGCUGAUCCUAAGUUCCACCAGCCAGGGCGAGUAGACAUGUUACUUGGUGUAAAAGUGUAUGCACAAAUACUAGAAGGAAAGGUUAAGAAAGGUCCACCUGGCACUCCAUGCGCUCAAGAAACAAGCCUAGGUUGGAUAAUAUUCGGAGAUGUAGAAGGCACAGCAGGCACUUUACAAGACACCAUAGUUGUGAUGCAUCAUCAGGUCGACGUAGACGACAUGUUAAAGGCAUUUUGGGAGAUAGACACUACAGAUACAAAGAAGAGUCUCACGAAAGAAGAAGAAAGGUGUGAAAUGAUUUACAAGGAGACGCAUACAAGAAACGAAGAAGGAAGAUACAUAGUAACGUUACCAUUCAAAAAAGAAGAACCCCUAUCUCCAAAGGGACACACAAGAGACAUCGCCAUGCUGAGACUGAAACAACAAGAAAGAAGAUUCGAAAGGGAUCCUGAUCUUAAGAAUGAGUAUGUUAAAGCUAUAGAAGAAUACAUGAAUCUAAACUACAUUGAAGAAGUUCCUGAAGAAGAAGUUAACAAGGAGGCAGUAUACCUACCAUAUCACGCUGUGAUUAAAGAAGAAAAAGAAACUACAAAGACUAGAAUAGUCUUCAAUGCUUCUUCUAAAGGCUCUAAUGGCGUAUCCCUGAAUGACGAGCUCCUAGUCGGUCCUCAUCUACAGGAAGACAUGCGAAAUCUAGUCAUGAGAUGGCGUAUGCGACGUGUAGCCAUGAUAUCAGAUAUAAAGAAGAUGUACUUACAGAUUCUGAUGAGCCCGAAGGAUACUAAUUUCCAGAGGAUACUAUGGCGUAAAAAUACAAGCGAUCCUGUCAAAGACUAUAGACUGCUUCGCGUAACUUUUGGCACUGCUUCUGCGCCUUAUCUUGCUGUCAAGACGCUCCAACAAGUGGCAGAAGAUGAAGGCAAGGAAUACCCCCUUGCAUCGAAAACCAUAAAAGAAGAUUUUUUCAUGGAUGACCUGAUGACCGGGUCAGACACCGUGCAAGUGGCUGUAGAUGUUGCCAAGCAGAUCACUGAAAUAUUGAAGAAGGGAGGGUUUGCUCUCCAAAAAUGGGCUUCCAAUAGCACUGACUUCCUUAAAGAAUUUGAACCUUCAGAGAGAAGUACGCAUGUCAAGAUUGAUAUCGAGUUAGGAGGUACAAUCAAAGCCCUAGGACUGUGCUGGAAUAUGGGCGAAGAUAUCUUCCAGUACACUUUAAACUUACCAGAUCCACCUGAAGUCAUCACGAAACGAAACAUAUUGGCUGACAUUCAGCGACUCUUCGAUCCAUUGGGCUGGAUAUCUCCCGCGUUGCUGCCUGCAAAAAGAAUUAUCCAGAAACUUUGGCUCUCACGUGUUGGCUGGGACCAUGAAGUAAACGAAGAGAUAAAAGAAGAAUGGCUAGGUCUACGAAAUGGAUUAGAUGAAAUUAAAAAUAUAAAGCUAGAUAGGUGGAUGAAUACGACACAGGACUCGAUGGAAGAUGUCACUAUACACGGCUUCUGCGAUGCUUCUAAUUAUGCCUAUGGCGCCGUGGCUUAUCUUCGCGCUAAAACACAAGAUGGAGAAUACAAGACAACACUGAUAGCAGCCAAAACAAGAAUAGGACCUGUAAAGCCAAUGAGCGUCCCAAGACUUGAACUGUGCGGAGCUGUUUUACUAUCAAAACUGCUGAAACAAAUAAGCGAAGCAACCCGAAUACCUACCAGUAAGAUGUACGCGUGGACAGACUCUACAAUUGUGUUGUCCUGGCUGCAUGGAGAUCCUGCAAGAUGGCAAACAUUCGUAAGAAAUAGAGUGGUUGCCAUACGAGACAUAAUCCCCAACCAAUGGUACCAUGUUCGAACUACGGAGAACCCUGCUGACAUUUCAUCACGAGGUUUGGCGUUGAGUGAACUGAAGAACUGUGGUCUCUGGUGGCAUGGACCGCAGUGGCUGAAACAUAAGAACAUACAAUUAGAACACCCAAUAAUAGAAGAGACAGACCUGGAAAUGAAAAAGGUAACAAUACAAGUUAACCUAAAUAGAGAAGAAAAUACAGAAGUCUACAAAACCUUACCUGAGAAGUUUGAAGACUAUGAUAAUUUACCUGAUUUACUGAAGUCCAUUGUUUAUGCCAGAAGACUCUUGACGUACCUGAAAGAGAAAACCACGAACAUGGAAAAGACAAUAACAACAAAAGAAUUAGAGAAGGCACUACUAGUAUGUAUAAAGGCUGUGCAAGCAGAGUAUUUCAAGGAAGACAUAGAAAGCUUAAAAACAAAAAAAAGAGUAAGCACUAAGAGCAAAUUAAGAACUUUAAACCCUUACCUUGACGAAAACGAUAUCCUCAGGGUGGGCGCCCUAGUUGGUGCUAGCAAGGAGCUCGCUGACAGUUGGCAAGAGGCAAAACUUGAGUUUGACGGCGAAAUUGCAGAAAAACUAGCCCUUGAUGGUACGCAAUGGCAUUUUGUGCCAGCCUAUAGUCCCACGUUCGGCGGAUUAUGGGAGGCUGGUGUCCGCUCAAUGAAGUACCACCUGAAACGAAUCCUCAACACACACCUGACCUAUGAGGAAAUGAGCACGAUACUCUGCCAGAUUGAAUCUUCUUUAAAUAGUAGACCUCUGUGUCCGAUUGACGAGAAGAACAUCGACAGCAUGGACGUGCUCACGCCUGGCCACUUCUUACUUACCGAAGCACCGAUUACCGUCCCUACUCCAUCUCUCAAGGACGCCAAAAUAAGCAGUUUGAGCCGUUGGCGAUACACUCAGAAAUUAGUCAACGACUUUUGGCGGCAGUGGCUGCAAGAAUAUUUAUGCCGGCUGCAACAGCGUCCUAAAUGGCUUACGAGACGAGAAGAGCUAGAUAUUGGUCAAAUAGUCGUGAUCAAAAACGACCACUUACCACCUGGGAAAUGGCAGCUUGGACGCAUAGUAGAUAAACACCCGGGCGCUGACAACUUAACCCGUGUAUACAGUGUUAAAAGUGGUGAUUCAAUCAUAAAAAGAACUAUUACCAAAUUGUGUCUUAUGCCCGUUGAUACAGAAUCUUAA